CAGGUUGAGCAGGUUGGUCCCUGAAUGCCACUCUGCUGGGCCCUCCUCCCUCCUUUCCUGCUUCUCUCUCCAGGCCGACUGCUGAUUCACUCUCACACGUUGGCAGCUCAGUGAAGAGAUUUUGUUGCCUGUGCACCUGUUCUCAUCUGAUAUAAGGCUAAGAAUAAGAGUAAAACCAAAAGGGGAAAAUGGAAGUGUAUUUAAAAAUCACAGCAGUCCUCCUUCUGCUUGUCCAAGCCUCUCACCUGGCAUCGCUCCGAGACUCAACCGACUCUCCGGGGCGGACAAUUGAUAAAGGCUGGCUCCGUGAACUACUCAAAAAUACAGCUGGAAGUCAAAACACUACAGUUCCUGAAGUUGAGACAGAAUACGAUCAGGCCAACAGCGGGACACCAUCUGGCUUUAUGGCAAUAUAUAAUGAGGAAGAGGAGAAUGCCAUUGCAAAUGAUGGAUCUGAUGAUGUUACUGUUAUCGCUACCACCGAGCCUCCCGCAAUGCUAAAUGUUACAACCAAGCAACCUGAAUUGCAAAACGCCACUGUUUCUCCAACUACUUCAACUGCAGAUCCCACAAACUCAAGCCAGGUCAACAUGACAAACGCUGAGGAGGAAUUUCAUAACUCAACGACCACUCCUCAAAACUCCACAACUGAUCUGAGUGCCCAAAACUCCACAACCUUGCCAGAUUACUCCAAUCACACUGAUCUACCGACGACAACCAUGGCUCCAGAGGGCAACGCUACGCAAGAAUCCACAACAAAACCCGACGAAGAUACAGGGUCAAUUAAUGCUACAGAAUCUACGACGACAACUGUAACAACCACAUUGACACCAGAGAUAAACGAAACACCCACCACGUCUUCAUCUACAAUGACACCAGAGAUAAACGAAACACCCACCACGUCUUCAUCUACAAUGACACCAGAGAUAAACGAAUCACCCACCACGUCUUCAUCUACGACACCAGAGAUAAACGAGACACCCACCACCUCUUCAUCAACAACAGUCUUCCUAUCUGAGACCACAGAAAUGAGCCCUGAGACUACAACUGCCGCCGCUCCAAACACACCUGAGAAGGCCAACAAGACAGAACAAGGUUCAGCCCUAGGGACCAACUCAGAAAGAGGUUUGGAAUCAGAUCUCCAGAGGAGUAAAAGAAAGGGAGCGUGGGGGGCUGUACUGGGAACAGCGGUGGCUGUGGCCUGUGUGGGACUGGUGGCCUACAUCAUCCUGAAAAAGAAACACCAGAAGGGUUUCUCUCACAGGAAACUGGUUGAGGAGUAUCCUUCAGACCCAGUUCUCAGAUUAGACAACACCGAACCUUUGGACUUGAACCUUGGUGGUUCGGCCUAUUACAACCCAGGACUCCAAGGGGACAACAUGCAAAUGACCAACUUUCCAGGAGGCCGUGGAAACUGAAACGACUCCCAAGACCAAAGUCAUGAACUCCCUCGAAAGAAAGUCGGCCAAUAUUGGCAUUUAAUACACAACCUAUAAUGUGGAGAUUUGUAAAUAAGACUGUCUGAAAGUGACAUUGGUGGAUGGAAAUUACAAAAGAGUUUGUAACAGUCUGUUGUCAGCCACCACAAAUGGCACUUAUGUUAGAUUAUGCAUUGUGUUGAGUAAAUUUAUUGCAUUGAAAUAGAGGGAUUGCUGAAGGCAAUCUAUCUGAACUACACUACUACAGCCAAAAUUAACUGUCAGCCAUUUAUGUAUGUUGCCAAAGGGAAUCAAAUGAAGACUUUCCUAAUGAAGAAUACACUUUGCAGUCAAUGAAGGGUGUUAAAAAAUGUAUAUUUGUUAUAACAUUUGGUUUAAUUUAAAUGAUGUUUUGUGUGAAUAGGAGCCACAAAAUGCUCUUAAAGACAAGAAAAUUUGCACUAUUCAGAUCGGCGAUAAGAAACGAUUCCUGCUGAUGCAAAACAUUUGUAAAAAAAAGAAAAAGAGAAAAGUGCUGUUGUUCUGCAGCCUAAAUAACAGAUGACACAGCUGCCCUGUUGAGGUCUUUGCAACAAAAUUCAGGAGCCAUGGUGAACAAUACGAUAUCCAUAUCAACUAUCACCUGCUGGUAUUGCAUAAGGAAGGAAAUAAGAAGUUAAAUUUAAACUGCGCUAUUCAGAUUUUCCACAACUGGCAGUCACAGCCAGAGUCUGAGAAUUGAACCGUCAAACCAAAGACUGGAGUUUGUUUUUCUACACCAGUGAGGGAGGUGGAGGGAGGCUGGGUGCUGUUUUGUUAUUCAUAGACAGAGGUUUUGGUAUUCAGGAAGGGAGUUGUGUAUUUGGUCUUAGCACUACUCAGUAGCAACAACUAUAUCAUCAUAAUAUACUGCUUAAAUCUUCUGACCUCCAGGUGUCCAAACAGAGAUUUGAGUUUCUCCUAGCGACUGUGUGUACCUUGGAGAGUUACAUAGCAUUUACCUGCUGCAUAUCUAGAGCAAAAUUAGAACAUAUCUGAUGCAGAAUUUUUUUAAACUUUAUUUUUUUAUUGUUAUUAUUCUCCUAAGUUUGCUUUAACUUUGAGUGACAACCUUCAGCAAGAACAGGGUCUCUUUUUUACACUGAGACAAUGCGGUUGGGAAAGGAGGGAAUAGGAAGGGAACUACACAGUCUUCUUUUAUGUAUCUUAUGCCUUUGUAUGAUAAGAUCUAACAAUAUCUCAUAAUUGCUCAUUUCUAAACUUUCUUACUUUUCUUUGUUAUACAAAAAAAUUACACUUUUAUAACUGUAUAUAUGAAAAAAAUUCAUCCCAAAAAUCCAUCUUCCAACUCCCUCGAUCCUUUCACUCAUCAUUACGUGAGUGAAGCCUGCACUCAAUCAAUAUGCGUCCUUAUUAUGAUUGAUAUGUGUCUCAGCUCGGCCUAAACAGCCAACAAUAACUCGGAGAUGUGUGAUUUUUAUUUGGUGUGGUUAGACGGUUCGGCGGCAGCCAAGGCAGGUCUGCUUCUUUCCAUGUUCUAAUUUCAGACAUCAAUCAGAGAGAGGAAUUUUGUGUCGCAGUGUUAAAGAAUCACAGUGAUUUCUGCAGAAAGAUUGCAGGGCGGAUGGAUAAUGGGAGACAUGUACAUCAGUUGCAACUGCUUAUGAAAUGUAAUGGGACCUGAUGAUGCCUUAAUAAACAACCAAAUCCUCUAAAAA